AUGGCCUCUGCUGUUCCUAUGUUCAGGAGCCUGGCUCCCCGUCUCUCAAAGGAGUUCUUCACCUGCAGUCAAUGCCUACAUCAUAAUCAAGCUCAGUUCCGCAACUUCUCGCGAAGAUGGAUGGGCAUGCACCGCUUCCAGAACAGCACCAGAAUGGCCCCCUUCCUUCCAGCAACACGCAAACAAGACCUUUCAAUAUUAAACUUAUCAUUCUUUUCUUCCGCUGCAAAGUUUACCACGAAUGGCUCCUCCGCCAGCAGCUCCAAAUAUCCCGACGUGAGCAGCAAAGUUGUGGCUUACUGGCUUUUGGGAAGCGCUGCCUCUGUCUUUGGCAUUGUUGUGUUUGGAGGUUUAACAAGGCUAACAGAAUCCGGACUGAGUAUUACAGAAUGGAGACCAGUGACCGGCUCCUUACCCCCGUUCAACACGGCCGACUGGGAAUCUGAAUUCGAGAAAUACAGAUCCUUCCCUGAAUACCAAGUCCUGAGGCCCAAUAUGUCACUCUCCGAGUUUAAAUUCAUAUACUACAUGGAGUGGAUCCACAGACAAUGGGGCCGCUUCGUUGGUCUCUCCUUUGUUCUACCAGCGGCCUACUUUGUCGCAACCAAGAGGGUUUCCAAGCCUAUGUCCAUCCGAUUACUGGGAAUUUCCGGCCUGAUCGGGUUUCAAGGCAUCAUUGGUUGGUGGAUGGUUAAGUCAGGACUGAAAGAUGACCUCUUCACUCCCGGUAGCCAUCCCAGAGUCAGCCAGUACAGAUUAACCGCACAUCUGGGCUCAGCCUUCCUCUGCUAUACCGCCAUGCUGUGGAACGGGUUGGCAAUCCUACGCUCUAACCGCCUUAUUGCAGACCCUUCCAAGGGCAUCGAAAUCCUCAACGCCCUUCGCCAUCCUAAACUCAGCAUCUUUCGCAAAUCCGUUGCCGGACUUACCCUUCUCGUCUUUGCUACGGCCAUGUCCGGCGGUCUCGUCGCUGGCCUUGACGCAGGCCUCAUAUACAACGAAUUCCCUUACAUGGGAGAAGGUUUCGUGCCUCCCACCUCUGAACUCUUUUCCUCUCACUACUCCCGACUAGCAGAUAAAUCAGACCUCUGGUGGCGCAACAUGCUCGAGAACCCAUCACUCGUCCAGCUCAACCAUCGCAUCUUAGCCAUGACGACCUUCUCUUCCGUAAUGGGCUUGUGGGCCUAUACUCGCUUCUCGCAGAAUGUCAAACAGUUACUACCCAAGAUUGCAAAGAAGGGCAUGCAUGGCGUUGUUGGCUUCACGUUCCUACAAGCUUCGUUAGGAAUUUCGACUCUCGUAUACCUGGUCCCCAUUCACCUUGCCUCAGCGCAUCAAGCGGGUAGUUUAUUCCUGUUGACAUGGGUUCUUGUGCUUGGGAGCAGAAUUUGGCAUCCAUCGCGCACUGCACGGCUGCUACAGAUGGCGGCAAAGAUGAGCAAGAGCGCCGCACCUAAGACUGUUGCUGGUCGAUAG